AUGAUUGCCUUGUCGGGGUUGCUGACGUUCUCAUUACACAGCAUUGUGCAGGGGUGGGUUGCAGAUUUCCGCGAAGAGUUUCUGAAAUCGUUCCCCAAUUUUCCAGGAGCAUCCCUGGAUCUUCUCGAGGCUACCAAUCGUGAGGCACAGAGCACGCUGCCUACGCUCGAUGAGAUGAAGACCGCACAAAGCCUGAGCGUCAACGGGCAGACAGUGACAAUAAUCGUUGGGAAUCCAUUGAUUCCAGACCUCAUCAAUGUUCUUGAGCGACAUUAUACAGAAAAUUCAUGGGCGCGUUGGCAGCGGCUUGAGAGGAAUAUACUCUGGAUUGUCCCCGACUUAUUAUACCUCUUCACCAACUGGAAUGCCGUCAUCGUCGCCAUGAAAGCACAUCUUUAUAGCGCGGAGUCCAGCGGAAUGGAAGGCAUAUUACCCGUUACGAUACAGACUCGCUUUUUACACCAACAAAUGCAGACGGCCAUCGAGAUUCGCGAAGUUCUAAGGAUUCACCAGGCGAUAGCUAAUCAUGUAAUCAAACUUAACUCGAUCGGACCAGCCGACAAAGAUCUUGAUGAUCGGCUCGAGUUAAUAAAGGGUCAGAUGGAUCACAAUGCUUCGACGAUUGAUACUGUGAAAGAGCAGCUACAAAACCUCAUCCAGCUCGCUUUCAAUCUAGAAGCUGUCUCGCAAGGGCAGUCUGUAGCUCGCCUCAGCGCUCUGGCUUUCAUUUUCAUCCCACUCUCGUAUGUUGCAAGUGUCUUUGCUAUACCUGGCCUUGCGAUUGACGCACUCUGGUAUCCGGCAUCGGCAGUCCCUCUGCUCGUGUUCACCAUCAUCGUCGCUGCAAUUAUUGGAAAAUUUGUCAACUUCUGGGAGCGCCGAAUGGGAGCGAUAUAUGAGCUAGCUCCGAACCAACCUAUCACGCUUGGAAAGAUGUUCUCAGUUUUUCAUAGAGACGUGGCGGAUAAGGACAUUGAAAAGGGGGGCAGUGAGACAACGUCCUUGUCUUCCUACGUGACCUACAGCUCAAGCAGCUCGGGAAGCUCCUCAUCCAGUCGGCCGGCGCCUCACUUACCCGAUCGAGCAUCAUCUCCACCUUUGCCUUACCGAGUGGCUUCUCCGGCGUCCCCUCCAUAUCCGCCGGAACAAUCUCUACCUGGUCGCACAUCAGGUCCGCCUACGCUCAUAUCGGCGGUACCAUCACCGCCUAGGAGGUCGGUUAGGUUUGAAGUGGAGGCCUACGAGACGGCCUCCCUUGCAAGUGCCGAAAGUCAUGAAGGCACUGAAGGCAGAGGAAGUGACAAGGCGUCCGAAGAUGGCAGAAUCUGGGAACAGGACGCUGAACGAAAACGUCCGAAAAGGAUGCAGCCUGGCGCUCGACGAUUUACGGUAGGAACGUCCUCGGCCGGGAAGGUAGAAGAGGAUGAAGCCAUACAUAGCCCUGGACAAGCUACUAGCCUUCUUAACGAGCCGCUGGAAGAGAGCGAUAUACUUCCUUCCGACGAAGUUCCCGACCUCGACACCACUGCAUCCUCUAAGCCUUUCAUAGUCCGCUCGGAUGCUGGUGUUGCCAGGGCUUCCAGGACUACGGCUAGUAGGGCUGAUGGGACCAGAACUUCAAGGACAUUACAAGUCAGGAGGAACAAAAGAUGGAGAGUGGAACGCAAAGCAGAGUGA